AUGGCCACCGGAGCACUCCAACAUUCGGCACCAGGUGAUGUACAAGGCAGUACUAUCGCCUCAAGAUCCAACGAAAUGCGCCCAAGCGAUACCCACCAGCGAGACAAGCACCUCGUUCAGUCGGGCCGUCCUCCGCAGCGAUCCGCAAACCCGUUUCUUGUCACUGAGCGCCGCGAGGAAAGACAGCUCUCGAUCUCGUCGCGAAGUCUGCAUCUGAAUGAUUUUGUCCUUUUGAAGACCCUAGGCACAGGCACAUUCGCUCGAGUUUCCCUCACAAGACUGAAAGAUCAACCGGACAAGAACAAGGUGUAUGCGCUGAAGGUUCUGCGCAAGGCUGAUGUGAUCAAGCUGAAGCAGGUUGAACAUGUGCGCAACGAGCGCAAAACCCUCGCCGCAGUAAUCGGACACCCUUUCAUCACAACCCUCGUCGCAUCUUUCUCGGAUGAACAAUGUCUUUAUAUGCUAUUGGAUUUUUGCCCCGGAGGCGAGAUAUUCAGCUAUCUCCGACGCGCCCGACGUUUCAACGAAGAAACAUCGAAGUUCUAUGCGGCCGAGAUCACCAUGACUAUCGAAUACCUCCAUGACGUACAAGGGGUGGCUUAUCGCGACCUAAAGCCGGAGAAUAUCCUACUUGACGCAAAUGGCCAUAUCAAGUUAGUCGAUUUCGGAUUCGCAAAACAAGUACACAACCGGGAAACCUACACGCUCUGUGGUACUCCGGAAUACUUGGCUCCGGAAGUCAUUCAUAACAGCGGCCACGGACUCGCUGUUGAUUGGUGGGCUCUCGGAAUCUUGAUCUACGAGUUCCUUGUAGGGCAACCUCCAUUUUGGGACCAAAGUCCAAUGCGUAUUUACGAACAAAUUGUCGAGGGACGCCUGCGUUUUCCACCGAACAUGCCCCCCCGCUGCGCAAAAUAUUCGUUUGGGCUAUAUAUCGGGGGGGGCUCGGCUCGAGUCAAAUCCCACCCUUUCUUCCAAGGUGUUGCUUGGGACGACCUCUUCUAUCACCGCGUCAAAGGCCCGAUCAUUCCCCGAGUAUCACAUCCUGCGGAUACGGGUAACUUUGAAGAAUACCCGGACUCCGACAACCGAAAUCAAAACCUCUACACCGAUGACCUUAAGAAGAAGUUUGAGCCUCUUUUCAGCGACUUUUGA